AUGCUCGGUGCUGAGCGCAACUACGAUAUCCAUGAUAAGGAGCUUCUAGCCAUAGUGCGAGCUCUAGAGAUCUGGAGAACGGAGCUUGAAGGACUUCAGACUACUGAACGAAUAGAGAUCUGGACCGAUCAUAAGGCCCUUGAAUACUUUAUGACUACGAAGAAGUUGAACGGGCGCCAGGCCCGGUGGUCAGAGUUUCUUUCAAGGUUCCACUUCCUGAUCAAGUUCAGGCCUGGGCUGAAGAAUACGGCUGCUGAUGCCCUAUCAAGACCUGAGGGGAGUUCUUCGGAUCUAGAUGUAAAGAACCAGGCUCUCCUAAGGCCAGAGUGGUUAGAAGAGGGUGUUCUGCCUCCGCAGGCCACUGAACAGGAACAAGCUACUGAGCAGAAACUAUCUCCUAUAUCAGUACUACUCGCUCCCGUGGAACUAGAUGACGUUCAGUUGAUGGACCGCCUCCUGCAGGCUAAUCGCACUGCAGCUGAACUUGACGAAGAAAGGGCUGUUGCUGCUGAUGCUGCAGAAGAAUCAGAUUGGUCCCUGCAGAAUGGGCUUCUUCUGUUCCAGAAUAAGCUCGUGGUUCCUGAGGAGGGCGACCUUCGCACCCGAUUGCUUGAUAUAAUC